CUAUUCAUGUCUUGAAGCAUCUAUAUUGACACACUUAGGAAAAAUGUCUUCCAUUAAGGUGAGCUCCCUCUGCAUGAUAGCUCUCCUCCUCUUCUUCUUCGGCAUAACCAGUACAGCGGGUCGGCCGGAGCCCGAAUUCACUGACGUUACGCCGAUGAAAAUCCAACACGAGGAGAAUAUAGAUGUGGAGAAAGUAGAAGUAGAAGAGAGUUGUGAAGGAAUUGGAGAAGAGGAGUGCCUAAUGAGAAGAACACUUGCAGCUCACAUUGAUUACAUCUACACCCAGAAACACAAGCCAUGAGAAUCUUGCACCUAUAUAUAUAUAUAUAUAUAUAUAUAUUAUAUAUUUUAUCUCUUUUGGCCAAUUCAUUUAUAUUUAUCUGUGUUGAAUUGAGGUCUUCUACAUACAUAUGAAAGGUAUCCUUACCACAUCUUAUGUUGUUUUUAUAGUCAAUUAUAUUUUUAUCUUGUUUUGUAAGAGAGAUAUUGUAACAUUAAUUAGUUCCUAUUAAUUUCUUGCAGAAGAUAUAUGUAUAAUGUGGGUGGAAUUUUAGACACAAUUUAUUUAUAUAUGUGUACUGUGUCAUAUAGAAUUUUCCAAUUUUCAUGUUCUUCUCAACCCAGAUUGAAUAAAUUGUUUGACGUG